CGAUCUACUGCUGAAACGCGAUUCAGAAUGCGAUAGACAAACCAGUCCAGUGCAAUCAGUUCCGUCACAAAGUUAUAAUUGACUCGCGUUAGAAGAAGUUAAUAGUCACAGCGUUACGUUUCACGAUUCGUUAUGGCGCAGAGGUGGCGCGCCCUGCAGCGCGGAGCGGCGCUGCUCGCGCAUCAUACCGAGUCCGCAGCGUCGACGCAAGUGCUGUCGGCGUGCUCGACCAGCGCAAGCUCACUACUACAGCAAAUUACGCUGGAUCAGCGGGGCAGCGGUGGCUCGUGGCAGCAGCACCAGCACGCGUGGGGCAGCAGCUCCCAUCGCACCUUCUUCUCCUUCGCCCGCAAGAAGCCCGAUGCAGGUGCAGUCGCGGCGGCGUCCACGGGCGAUGAGACCUCCAUCUCGGGCAGCGAGCCGGUCGCUGACCCCACGCCUGUGGGGCCCCCCGAGUUCUUCCCGCUCCCGGAGAGCGCGCCCGAUGCCAUCGAGGUGGCGUCCGCCAUCCACCAGGCGUGCUCGGCCUUGGAGCGCGCUUCCAUCAUGAGCGCGAAGGCGGACGCGUUCUUUUCCGCAUCGUGGUGCAUUAGUGGACUACAAGCGGUGCACGACUUGCUAGACACGCCAUGGUUCUUGUCCAUCGCCAUCUUCAACAUCACGCUGCGCCUGCUCACCUUCCCGCUCAUGGUCGUGGCGCAGAAGGGCAGCGCCAAGAUGAUGGAGUUCAACCACAACCUCAUCCACGCCAAGAAGCUGCAGGAGGCGGCCAUGAAGGCGACGUCUCAGGAGGAGCACCAGCGGCUGUUCCAGGCCUUCCGCAAUGAGUACAACGUGCAGACCGCCAAGCACGGCGACCCCGUGAAAACGGCGCUGGUGGUGCCCGGCGUCAUGAUCCUCAACGGCGCCAUCUUCUUGUCCAUCUUCAACGGCGUCAGCAAACUCAUGGCCGCAAAGGUGCCCUCCCUCACCACGGGCGGCGCGCUGUGGUUCUCGGACCUGACCUCGCCCGACCCCUACUUCGGCCUGCCGCUCAUGUGCACCGCCGUGACGCUGGCCAUGGUGGAGUACGGCAUCAACCUGGCGGGGGACGCCGGGCCCAUGCCCGAGGACAGGGCCAAGAUGACCAACGGCCUCAAGAACUUCAUGCGCGUCAUGGCCUUCAUGUUCAUCCCCGCCGGCGGCUACGUGGCGGCCGGCACCGCCGUGCUGUGGGUGUCCAACACCGCCUUCGGCGUGGUGCAGGGCCUCACACUGCGCAACGACCGCUUCAGGCGCCGCGUGGGACUGCCCACCAUGCAGGCCCUGCGCGACAUGAACGCCAAGGUAAUGGCCGCAAACGCUGCCGGCACACCCGCAUCAGCCGGCGCCGCCGGCGCCAGCGCCGCCGCCACGCUGGCCGCCGCCGCCGACACCUCCGCGCCCGCCAGCGCGGCGCCGCUGCUCAGCAACAGCCCGGUGGGGGCCAAGGCCCGCCGCUGAGUGCAGGCAGUGGUGGGCUAGCUGCAGCCUAGGCUGUGGUUGCUGCGCCGGGGGUGCGUCUGCGGGUGGGAGGUGACGGUGCUGCGUAGUGCUGCAAUUUUGCUGACCUGUGAAUGUAGUGGCACGUUCCUGCACGUUCGCAACAUGCUGGAGCUGUGGAGUGGUGCUGUACGGGGGGGUCCAUGCAUAUCAAAUAACUCGAGAAGACGUAGACUGCGGACUGGGGGGAGAGGGGGGCUGCCGCAGUCGGCUUGGUCGCUUGGAGCCACGCGAGUGCCACGCGGGUGCUAAGUGUGUGGAGGGAGGCGCGUUGGGAGCUGCACUGGAGCCGUGUAGGGGCAGGCAUUGCGCCCUUCCACUUUGUUUGAGUGGUGAGAGGGCACGACCCCGAUAACCGCAUGCCGUUGGUCGCGUGCCGUUAAAUGCGAGAGACUGGCACUGCUGGGAGCAUGGUGCGGCAUAACAGGGGCGUGGCCUAAGUGGCUUCAUGCGUGCGUAGGAAAGUAAACUGCUGAAGGCGAAGGGAAAGUGACGGCGCUGCUUGGCUACCGUACUCAGGUGACUUCAAGUGGUGCAUCAAUGCGACCAGGGAACGUGUGCGUGCUACCGAGCAGGCAUGCACUGCUGCCGGGCAAGUGGCAGCAAUAGGCGUGCCAAGUUACAGCUCAAGCCGCUGUGAAAUCGGACGGACUGUGAAAGCGGUCACGCAGCACGAACCCGCAUGCAUGUUGAUUAGGAGAACUCACUUGGUAUAUUUGAAAUCU